CGGCUUUGCACCCCGUAGCGGACUUCGGCAUCUUUGGAAACAAUUCCUAUUUUCCUGGAUGUCCUGCCCCGUGUUAAACCCAGUUGAAAAGUCAUUGUAAAUAAUACAGCUACCGAACAUUUCUGAAGGACUAUCACGGUCUUUGUGGAGGAAUUACCCGAGGGACAAAGGAUGGAAUUAACCCAGCGCGGAAAGUUUGUUUUCCAGGAGAGAAGUGCUUCCUCCGGCAGGGGGAAGGAAUGGCUUAUGUAUUGAACAGAAUUAGAGUAUCGAGAAAUUGGAGUGUGAAGCUGAUGAAUGGAUGUAGGUAGGUAUCGGGGGAGAAAAGCAACCGAAUGGAAAACUCGUUCGCUUAAUUCGGAUAACGUGGAUUCUUUGUUGCACAUGACGCCGGCUCUGAAAUGCUGUGUACUUAGUGACUGAGUGCACCCGGCGUUGCAGACUGCCCUCUCAAUACACCCGAAGAGGCAUCGAGGAAAACCGGCAUCUUCCUAAGCGAGAGAAUGGUGCUGGAAAGACGCUUUUUCCUCAUGUUCAAAGUGUGGUCGAUCAUUGUUCUCACUGGAGGGAUCGCUUCCAUACAAAAGGCUGAAGAGGGACAGAACUUCAUACCACAUCAUAAAUCAGGAAAACAAUGCGGAGUUUGGGUUCGGAAUGACAAUGGCGGAUAUUUUGCUUCACCAAAUUACCCGAAUGCCUACCCUCCCAAUAGAGAAUGCAUCUACAUUCUGGAAGCGGCCCCUCGCCAAAGAAUUGAACUCACUUUUGAUGAACCCUAUAGCAUUGAACCCUCCUGGGACUGUCGAUUUGACAACCUGGAAGUCAGGGAUGGACCGUUUGGAUUCUCUCAUGUCAUAAACCGUUACUGUGGUCAACAAACUCCAUCACUCAUUAAAUCAUCUGGAAGAUUCUUAUGGGUAAAAUUUACUUCAGACGAAGAAUUAGAAGGUUUUGGAUUUCGAGCAAAAUACACUUUUGUACCAGAUCCUGACUUUAUCUAUCUUGGUGGAAUUCUGAAUCCUAUUCCAGAUUGCCAGUUUCAAUUAUCAGGGUCUGAUGGGAUUAUAUACUCCAGUCAAGUGGAAAAAGAGGGGAAAAUAAAACCCGGAGAAGCCAUCGACUGCAUUUGGACAAUAAGAGCCCCAGCAAAAUCUAAAAUUUAUUUACGCUUUAUUGACUAUCAAAUGGAUCACUCCAAUGAAUGCAAGAGGAAUUUUGUCGCUGUGUAUGAUGGGAGCAGUGCCAUCGAAAACUUAAAGGCAAAGUUCUGUAGCACUGUAGCUAAUGACGUAAUGCUACAAACUGGAGUCGGCGUGGUUCGCAUGUGGGCUGACGAGGGCAGUAGGCGCAGCAGAUUCCGAAUGUUAUUUACCUCAUUUGUGGAUCCUCCCUGCCAAGACAACACAUUCUUCUGCCACAGCAACAUGUGCAUCAACAAUUCUUUGGUUUGUAAUGGAGUCCAGAACUGUGUGUACCCAUGGGAUGAAAAUCAUUGCAAAGAAAAGAAAACACCUGGCCUCUUUCACCAGAUUACCAAAACUCACGGGACAGUCAUCGGUAUUUCAUCAGGAAUUGUUCUGGUUCUUCUUGUCAUUUCUGUACUGGUCCAAGUAAAACAACCACGCAAAAAGGUUUUAGCUCGCAAAGCAACACUGAACAAAUCAGGAUUUCAAGAAGUAUUCGAUCCUCCUCAUUAUGAACUUUUUUCACUGAGGGACAAAGAAAUAACGGCAGAUUUAGCUGAUUUAUCUGAGGACUUUGAGAACUACCAUAAACUGAGGCGCUCCUCCUCUAGUGCCUCCAGAUGCAUUCACGACCAUCACUGUGGCUCACAGCCACCAAGCAUGAAGCAAAGCAGGACUAAUUUAAGCACAAUGGAUCUUCCAUUUCGGAAUGAUUUCUCUCAGCCACAGCCAAUGAAAACAUUUAACAGCACCUUCAAGAAAAGCUGCUAUACUUUAAAACACUCACAGGAUAGUCCAGAGCGAGUCAUAGAAGAUAGAGUGAUGGAGGAGAUUCCUUCUGAGAUCUACGUACGUGGCAGAAAUGACACUGUUCAGCGUUCAAUGUCCAUUGACUUUUAAAAUGGAACUGUUAUGCUGUUACUGAGCGGUUUCUUUUGGUCUGUUUAUCUCUUGAAAAUGCUGCUCUGUCACUUUGACAUUUCAUGUCAUAUUUUAAUAUACCCCAAGUAUCAGCCCACUGACAAAAUACGUGGAAGUGGGAUUAUCCUUGUCUAACUCUUAUUGACUUUCUGUGAGUUGAACUGUCAACAACAAUUCUUAAUAACAAACUUAUAAUUGUGUUCUGAAGCUUGUUAAUGUUGUAUUGCUGGUUUAUAAUUACUUACUGUAAAUAAGCUGAAGAUUUAAU